UUUUUUUUAAACAUCACAGACAUUAAAGUCUUUAUCUAGAACACUUUUGUCGUGCUGACAUCGACGAAGGGGCACAGAUGUGGUAACAUUACAACACACACACGCUGCCUGUUGUUAGCCCACCAUUAACGACUCCUACCGAGCGAUUCAAGACUCCCAUCCUCAGAAAACAUGUCCUGGCAAUCUUACGUGGACAAUCUGAUGGCCGAUGGCAGCUGCCAGGAGGCGGCCAUUAUCGGUCACACUUACGAAUCCAAAUACGUCUGGGCGUCAUCUCCCGGUGGCGCGUUUUCCACCACGACGUCGGCCGAAAUUGACGUGCUAACGGGAAAGGACCGCUCGUGUUUGUUCACCAGCGGGCUGACCGUAGGCAAUAAGAAGUGCUCCGUGAUCAGAGAUAGCCUCCUAUCUGACGGUGACUGGACAAUGGACAUCCGGACAAAGAGUCAAGGAGGAGAGCCCACAUUCAAUGUUUCUAUAGGCAAAGCUUCCAAAGUAUUGGUUUUGGUCAUGGGCAAAGAAGGUAUCCAUGGAGGGCUUCUCAACAAGAAAGCUUAUGAUAUGGUCGACUACCUGAGGAAGAGAGGAUAUUAAAGCAAUCCCAGCCACCCACCCACCCACCAUCCAUCUACCACCCUGAUGCAUUUCACACUUCCAGUCCUAGUUAGUCCCCCCCCCCCCCCCAUUCUCUGCCUUCUUUCCUCUUCAGUUCUCAUCCCCAGCACACUUUUUGUUCCUCCUCCCUUCAAGACGUCACUUUGUUCUCCACCAAGACCAGCAAAAAAAAAAAAAGCCAAACUUGAAAAUGUCUGGGUUUAGUCGACACGGCCAACAACGUCUGCUGCGCUGCCAACUGGGCUCACGGCAUCUUCCUCCCCAACCUUCACGUCCUGGAAGAGACGGCGCGCGUUUUAUUUCUCUGCUCGCCGUCUCGCUUGUGUCCCCCUUUUUUUUUUGUUCCCCCCCCAAAUUGAUCAUAGUCAAAGUGAGUGUGGGGGAGGGGGUUAUGGACCAGCUGGGCUAAUGACGCUGGUAGCUUCUCCUCUCCUGGCCACCACUCCACCUGUCCAAUCACAGCAACGGACAUUCCACGGUUACUGGCUCAGGCACUUAAUAUCGUGUUGUUGUUUUUUUCUUUUUUUGCCAGCUCCUGUAAUGAAUAUUGUUGCCAUUUCCCCACUUUUUUUUUUUUUUUUUUUUUUUUUAUAAAUAGGACCAAGUGUAGUCGUGUUGGUUCAACACCAAGCAGAUUCUGUUCUACCGCUCACAUGCAGGGGAGGUGAACCAGUUUCACUUCCUCCUGCAUUUGAACGCCCUCAUGCUGUGUUGACAACUGAAACUGUGGAAUAAAUAAAAUUUGCCUUCUGUCAUCGUCGCUGAGCCACGUUUUGUCCUCGCUCAUUGUAACGUCCAACCGCUAAACAUCAUUGGGAGAUGGGAGUAACCAUCAGAAAUUCUGUGCCAUAAUGUUAGAAAUCUUACUCAUUUCAUUGGCACCUCCCCUUUUUUUCUCCUUUUU